GCCACCCUCCGGGGCCCACUAAAAAGGCGCUGAAGCAGCGCUUCCUCAAGCUGCUGCCGUGCUGCGGGCCCCAAGCGCUGCCCUCAGUCAGCGAAACAUUAGCCGCCCCAGCCUCCCUCCGCCCCCACAGACCCCGCCCGCUGGACCCAGACUCCAGCACCUACGCCACCUUCCUCUUCAACGCCUUCGACACCAACCACGACGGCUCAGUCAGUUUUGAGGACUUCGUGGCUGGUUUGUCCGUGAUCCUUCGGGGCACAGUCGAUGACAGGCUGAACUGGGCCUUCAACCUGUACGACCUCAACAAGGACGGCUGCAUCACCAAGGAGGAAAUGCUUGACAUCAUGAAGUCCAUCUACGACAUGAUGGGCAGAUACACCUACCCUGCGCUGCGGGAGGAGGCCCCGCGGGAACACGUGGAGAACUUCUUCCAGAAGAUGGACAGAAACAAGGAUGGUGUGGUGACCAUUGAGGAAUUCAUUGAGUCUUGUCAAAAGGACGAGAACAUCAUGCGGUCCAUGCAGCUCUUCGACAACGUCAUCUAGCCCACCAGGAAAAGGGGGGUCAGUGUGUCUUAGGGGGCCAUGCUGUAUCCCUAAGCCAGGCAGACCUCACCCUUCUCUUCCCAGGUCUGUGCUCUUCCUAGCCCUGCCUGUGGGGCUGUAGGGGUCCAAGAGCCUGGGCUUCAGUAUCCAGAUCCCUGGAGCUGAAGGGGCCAGAGAGUGGGCAGAGUGCGUCUGGUGGGGGUGCCCAACUCCCGGUAGCCCUCACCCCCUUGCUGCCUGACACCCAGAGCGGAGGUGCCCCUGCUGUGGGAAUUGAGCGGCUGCCCACCUCCCACCCCUGCUCUAGAAACCGCACCACCAGACGGAAUGUCUCCUGCUAUGGUGCUGCUUCCACCCCUGGUCUAAGUAUGUCCCCCAAGACUUCCCAGAGAGUGAGCGUCUGGCCUCAGCACUGGCCAACCUUUCAGACCAGCCUGUGUGAGGGGGACAAGAGUGUGGAGGGAGGCACCUUGGGCCUGAGCCAGCGGUUAAGGCCUACAGGUUGGCUGGGGUUGAGAACACAGAGGCCUGGGCAGACGGUGAACGCUCAGGCAAGUUCCACAGUAUGCCACCCUAGGCCAUCAGGAUACGUUUCUAAACAUUUCAGAGGGCCUCAUCCCUUCCAAAUGUCCCAGAAAUUUUCCAUCCCCUUCCCAGUAUCCUGGGAGAGCCUGGGAUCCAGCUGUCUGGCUCACCCUUGAAAUUUCUUCCCCUCCCUCUUUUGUAUGGGGGGGCCGUGGCGGGGGGAUGCAGGUGGGGAGUCCUGGCUGAUGGCUGCCAGAGUUCCGGCCCGCUUCCCUGCUCGUCCAGUUUUGAUGGCUAAGACUUGAGUUUUCACUUGCCGUGUCCUCUAGACUUAGAGGCAGAGAGAGUCGGGAUGUUCCUGAACUGGAGUCUUGCCGGCCCUCCAGCGGGUGCCUUGGUGGGGGCAGGCAUAGCGGUGUUACCUGGGGGGCAAUCUUUGACCUACCAAGGCUGUCCCCACCCCACACACGGCCUCCUCAGCUCCCUUCUCAGCCUACACAGAAAUGCUGCCUGGCACACCAGGAGGGCAGGGACCGGAAGACCCAGCUCCCACCUUCUCAGCACGCCUGCCACGCUGCUACCCCGUAAUGUACCUGCUUGUUCAUUCAGCCAGAAUGAGGGCAAGGACCCCCAGGGAGGAGCCCCUGUUGAAUCAGACACUGUUGACUGCUUAGCAUUUUUGGCUCCUCUGUAUAUUUUGUAAAAUAAGGAAUAUACCAGAUCAAUAAAACACAAUGGCUAUGCA